UAAAUUUUGUUAUAGAAUAGUAAAAUGAAAUUUAAACUUUUAUUGUUGGUUAUACUUUUUUCGAUCGUUUUUGCUCAAGAGGGUAAAAAGUGCAAAGAGCGAUCAACAUGUAGUGAAUGUAUGUUAGCUUCUGGUGAAUGUUAUUGGUGUGCUGAUCCGGGUUUCCCUUACGAUCGAUGCAACUUAAAACCAAUCUUACAAGGCGAUCAAAACUGUAAAUUGAUUAGUAUAGAAGAUAACAAAGUGGUUUCAGAAGUAAAUAAAGAAUUUAGUUCCACAAUUCAAGUUGUACCUCAAGAAGUAUCCUUCAAACUACGACCAUUUCAAUCACAACAAUUCAAGAUAAGUGUUAAACCUGCUCGCGACUAUCCAGUUCAACUUUAUUAUUUGAUGGACAUGUCAAAAUCUAUGGAGGAUGAUCAAGAAAAGUUAAAAUCUCUUGGUAAAAAAAUAGCUGAAGAAAUCAACAAAAUAACAAAAAACUAUCAGCUUGCAUUUGGCUCAUUUGUGGAUAAAACUGUGUCACCAUUUACGCAAGUUGAUAUCAUUAACCAUCCAUGUGAUUUAGAUGAAAAAUUUGGAAAAAAAGGCCCUUGUGAUCCUACAUUUGGUUACAGGCAUAACUUCAAUUUUGAUAGCAAUGCUACUAAGUUUGAGGAAGCAGUUGCUCAACAGAAAAUUUCAGGUAAUUUGGAUACACCAGAAGGUGGUUUUGAUGGCCUUAUGCAAGUUUCUGUUUGUGAUACGAUAUUAGGCUGGAAAAAUAUGGAUCAAGCCCGUCGAAUUGUUAUUUUUGUAACAGAUGCUAGUCCACAUAUUGCUGGUGAUGGAAAAAUUGGAGGUAUCACUGCACCAAAUGAUGGUCUAUGUCAUUUACUAGAUAAAGAUACAUACAAAAUAUAUGACAAAUCUAAUGAAAUGGAUUAUCCAUCUAUCUCACAACUAAAAGUAAAAAUGAAACAGAAUAAAGUUGUUCCUAUCCUUGCUGUUACUUCUGAUGUGUUUCCUGUUUAUCAAAAAUUGGCAGAACAAUGGAAAGAUACUGGAGCUGCUAUUGGCAAGUUAGAAUUUGACUCCUCUAAUAUAGUAGAUUUAAUCAGAGAUAGCUAUAAGAAAAUAGCAACAACUGUUCGUUUAAUUGAUGAUUCAAAUAGAGAUCGCUUUACUGUUCGUUACAAAGGUUCAUGUUCAUCACCAGUUGAUAAUGAGUGUCAAAAUGUGCAAAUUGAAAAUCAAGUUGACUUUACUGUCACAAUAACAGCAUUGGAUUGUAAAUCUGCAAAAAAUGACUCAUUUAAAAUAACAAUUCCUGGUUUUGGUGAUGUCAAAGUAAACAUAGAAAUGAUAUGCGAUUGUCCAUGCGAACGAGACGCUGGAAUUCCUAAUGCAGAUAUUUGUAAUAAAAAUGGAACAUCUAAGUGUGGUAUAUGUUAUUGUAAUCCAGGAAGAUAUGGUGUAAAUUGCGAUUGUGAUAAUAAAGCACAGGCUGACACAUCUCUCUGUAAAAUUGCCAAUUCUACAGAUGACCGUGUCUGCAGUGGUUUUGGAAUUUGUGUGUGUGGCCAGUGUGAAUGCAUCAAACGAUCAGCUCCAGACGAGCGAAUUUAUGGAAAGUACUGUCAAUGUAAUAACUUUGGAUGUGAUCGAUAUCAAGGCAAAAUAUGUGGAGGACCUGAAAGAGGGGUUUGUGACUGUCAAGAAUGCAAAUGUAAGGAAGCCUUUCAAGGAGCUAACUGUGGUGCAAUUAAUUGUACUAUUGGUGCAAUAAACUGUAGGAAAGAUAAUCAAGUCUGCAGUAACAAUGGUGUGUGUGCAUGUGACACUUGUGUUUGCUCUUUUGGUUACAAAGGAAAAUAUUGUGAAAAUUGUGUGUCUUGUCCUGGUAAAUGUGCUAAUGUCAAAGACUGUGUUUUCUGUCAAGCCUUUAAAAAAGGAAAGGAUGAGGUGUGCUCAAAGUGCAAUCUGAAUAUUCGCAUAGUUAACAAAACUGAAGAAAAGUGCUCCUACUUAGAUGAUGAUAACUGUUAUGUCAUUUUCAGUUUUGAAGACAAUGAGUUUGCAGGAACAUCAAAUGAAACAAUUUUAGUUCAGAAAGAAAGAAAGUGUAUUGUUAUCGUCCCCACAGACCCUCCUAUCUUGGCAAUUGUGCUUGGCACCAUAGGUGGUAUUGUUCUUCUUGGGUUAAUUCUAUUGUUGUUGUGGAAACUUCUAAUAACUGCUUAUGAUAAUUAUGAAUACCAAAGAUUUGAGAGAGAACGCAUGAAGUCUCAAUGGGAAAAUGCUGAAAAUCCGAUUUACAAACCAUCAAAACAACAGUUCCAAAAUCCAACGUAUGCUGGAAACAAUUAACUUUCGCUGAUUAGUUGCUUAGCAAAUGGUUCAAAAAAAAGUAUUUUAGGCAAUAAAGAUAUUUUUGUAUGUCUUGUUUGUCUGGAAAAGAAGCGUUCGUGAAAGCUUUGAUGCAGUUAAAAUAAGUUUUGACGAGAUUGACUAGGUCGGCGUGAACAAUUUUUUAUAAUAUGCAAAUAAAUUUCUUUUUGCGUUAAUUUUCCAACCCUCAUAAAUGUUUUUAAAAGAAUUAUGGAUACUUUUUUUAUAUAUGAUUUAUUUUACAAAAAAGAUAAAAAUAAAAUUUGAAUUUUUUUCCCCCCAUUUUUGUAUUUUGUUAUAAAUAUUUUUAUUGUACAAAUUUUCUGUUUUUUUUUUUUUUUUGAUUUGUUUUUUGUUUUUUUGUCUUAUGAAAAUAAUUUCAAAUUUUGAUUUUUUUGAUUUUGUGCUUAGUUUUUGAUUCAGUAACGGAUUCGCUUUUAAAUUAAAAAAAAAGUUUCAAUAAAAAAAUCGACUGAAUAUUGGUUUUUAUUUUAACUAUUUGGAAAUAAUUGUAAUAAUGCGUCUCCGUAGAAAAUAUUGUAUACCGUAAAACCGAAACAAAACAUUCCUGCUAUAAAUUA